GUCAUCAGAAUAGCCGACUGGAGCUAUGGCGGGCAGUGCGGGAGAGUGGUGUCUGAUGGAGAGUGACCCCGGGGUCUUCACUGAACUGAUCAAAGGGUUUGGUUGCCAAGGUGUUCAAGUGGAAGAGAUUUGGAGUUUAGAACAAGAACAUUUCGAAGACUUGCAACCUGUGCAAGGAUUAAUUUUUCUCUUCAAGUGGCAGCCAGGUGAAGAACCAGCAGGUUCUGUAGUUCAGGAUUCCAGAUUGGAUACAAUCUUUUUUGCUAAGCAGGUAAUAAAUAAUGCAUGUGCCACACAAGCGAUCAUCAGUAUUUUACUGAACACAACACAUUCUGAUGUCCAGUUGGGGGAGACGCUCUCUGAGUUCAGAGAAUUCACUCAAAGCUUUGACGCAGCUAUGAAGGGUUUAGCACUAAGUAACUCAGAAGUGAUACGACAAGUUCACAACAGCUUUGCCAGGCAACAGAUGUUUGAGUUUGAUGCAAAGUCUACAUCAAGAGAUGAUGAUGCUUUUCACUUUGUCAGUUAUGUUCCAGUCAAUGGAAGGCUCUAUGAAUUGGAUGGAUUAAGGGAUGGACCAAUCGAUUUAGGCGCUUGCAAUCAAGAUGAAUGGAUUACUGCAGUGAGACCUGUAAUUGAGAAACGAAUGCAAAAGUAUUGUGAAGGUGAAAUACGGUUCAAUUUAAUGGCUAUUGUGUCAGAUCGAAAGAAGAUUUAUGAGCAGAAAAUUGUGGAGUUGCAGCGACAGCUUGCCGAGGAAGAACCAAUGGAUACAGACCAGAACAGUAGUUUGCUGGGCUCCAUUCAGUCUGAAGUUGCCAAAUAUCGGCUACUUAUAGCAGAAGAGAACCAAAAGAUGAACAGAUACAAGAUUGAAAAUAUUAGAAGAAAACAUAACUAUCUUCCUUUUAUUAUGGAAUUGCUAAAGACUUUAGCAGAACAUCAGCAGUUAAUACCAUUAGUAGAAAAGGCCAAAGAAAAACACAGUGCAAGAAAAGUCCAGGAAGCCAAAUGAUGCCACUGUUGCCAAAGGAUUAAAGUGGAAAAAGGAAUAAAACUGGUGAAAAUAAAUGAACCAUAUUGGCUCUCAUGUUUACAAGAUUAGAAUUUUCAAUAUGAAGAGAUCUCUAUUCUACUCUCUGCUUUUCAAGGAUAUACAGCAAAACGCCUCUUUAAUAUGCGGUUUCAUUCACAGUGAAAUAUUACAAAAAUGAAGAAUAUAAGGCAAUAGUAACUUGUCCCCUCUCCCAGAUAAAUCUGGAUUAUUUUUGACAAGUUUUGUUAUAUACAUGUAGAUUUUUUUUUUUGUCGCCUCAGUUUAUGCCAUUGUAACUGUAUGUUGUGUAUUUCA